AGGGGAUGACCGCCGUGUCUUACUUUGGCAUAUGGAAGAAGCCAUCCACUCAAGAGUCAAACCAGUUCAGCUGAAAGGGGAGCAUCACUCUAAUAUCUUCUGUCUAGCUUUCAACAGUGGCAAUACAAAAGUGUUCUCUGGAGGCAAUGAUGAGCAAGUUAUACUCCAUGAUGUUGAAAGCACUGAGACUUUGGAUGUGUUCGCCCAUGAAGAUGCAGUGUAUGGCCUUUCAGUGAGCCCAGUAAAUGACAACAUCUUUGCCAGUUCAUCAGAUGAUGGACGAGUUCUUAUCUGGGACAUCCGAGAGUCUUCCCAUGGAGAGCCCUUCUGCUUGGCACACUACCCAUCAGCCUUUCACAGUGUGAUGUUUAAUCCAGUAGAACCCAGAUUACUGGCUACUGCCAACUCUAAGGAAGGUGUGGGACUCUGGGAUAUUCGUAAACCUCAGAGUUCACUGCUCCGCUAUGGUGGAAACCUCUCCCUUCAGAGUGCCAUGAGUGUCCGGUUCAACAGCAAUGGAACCCAGCUGCUGGCACUGCGUCGGCGCCUUCCCCCGGUGCUCUAUGACAUACACUGCCGGCUGCCUGUCUUCCAGUUUGAUAACCAAGGGUACUUCAACUCAUGUACUAUGAAGAGUUGCUGUUUUGCAGGUGAUCGUGAUCAGUACAUCCUUUCGGGCUCUGAUGACUUCAAUUUGUAUAUGUGGAGGAUUCCUCCAGAUCCAGAAGCAGGUGGCAUUGGCAGGGUUGUCAAUGGUGCUUUUAUGGUAUUGAAAGGUCAUCGGUCAAUUGUAAACCAAGUCCGGUUUAAUCCUCACACUUACAUGAUCUGCUCUUCUGGCGUUGAAAAGAUUAUAAAGAUCUGGAGUCCUUACAAGCAGCCUGACUGCACAGGGGAUCUGGAUGGUAGAAUUGAGGAUGAUUCGCGUUGCCUCUACACUCACGAAGAGUACAUCAGUCUUGUGUUGAACAGUGGUAGUGGUUUGUCCCAUGAUUAUGCCAACCAGUCAGUCCAGGAAGAUCCACGGAUGAUGGCCUUUUUUGACUCCCUGGUGCGCCGGGAGAUCGAGGGCUGGAGUUCUGACUCAGACAGUGACCUCAGUGAGAGCACAAUCCUGCAGCUCCAUGCAGGAGUAAGUGAACGCUCUGCUUACAGUGAGUCGGAGUCCUCCGCCUCUUUGCAUCACUCCCCACCACAUGCGGCUGAAGAGUCUGAUGAAACAGCAUAUAACUUAAGGGCCUUAAGAUCAGCUGAAUCCCCCUCUGCCAGAGAAGACGUGGCUUCCCGUCAGCAGAGGCUCUCUGCACUGAGAAAGUAUCAGGAUAAACGUCUCCUGGCCCUUUCCAAUGAGUCUGACUCUGAUGACAAUACCUGUGAGGCAGAACUAGAUACAGACCUUUUCCCACGGCCACGGUCCCCGAGUCCUGAGGAGAACGAAUCCAGCAGUUCCAGCAGCAGCAGCAGUACAGAAGAUGAAGAGGAACUGAAUGAACGACGCACAUCUAUGAGGCAACGUAAUGCACUGAGGCGCCAACAGAAGGUGCAAAAGGAGGAAAGGACUAGCACUAACACUGAGACCGUGACCCCCUACAUAGGUGAGGACAUCUAUGAUUACCCCCAGAUCAAAGUAGAUGAUCUUUCUUCUUCCCCAGCUUCUUCGCCAGAAAGGAGUUCAGCCAACAAAGAAGUUGUCAAGGAAAGGACGUCUCCUUGUUCAGACAGUGAAUCAGUGGAGAGAAAGAUUUACAAAGCUUACAAAUGGCUUCAUUAUUCCUACAUAUCGUAUUCAGCUGGUAAAGAUGGCGAAUCCUCCAGAGGAGAUGGAGAGAAUGACGAAGGGAAACCAGGAACUAGUGGAAGGCACAGUACAGCACACUCGCUAAAUAAGGAAGAUGCUAGGAACUUGAGUUCGGUAGUUCCUCAAGGUUCCCCAGCUCUUUCUACUGAAAGCCACAACAAAGAAACUUUAAAAGAACGUGGCUUGAUAGAAAAUUCUAGUAAUGGUCAAGCUCAUGAAUGUGACAAUCAACGGCGGAUGGAGGAUCAAGAAAACACAUCUGAAGACACUAGCAGCGGAGGUAUAGAGCAUUCUUUUGAGACUAAAAAGCUCAACGGAAAAGCUAACUGCAAAGGGCUAAGUAGUUGUACUGAAGAUCCUUGCGCAUCAAGCCAUCACUCACUGGUCCCUCCGUUCUCUACUAUUGCCAUGUGUAGCAUGUCGGGUCACUGCUCGAGAAACCAGACUGAUGACAGUGAGGAGAGGAGCCUCGACACGUCCUGCGUUAACCACAAUAACGGCCACUUGCAUCUUCGCCCUUCAUGCUUCAACAAUGGACAGAGUUUUGGAGAGCAGGAGACUGUGAUGCAAGGACUACAGGUGCACUCAAAUGCUGAUAAUGGCAACCUUGUACAGAUGGGUGUGACCUUGCACAAAGACUGCUGCCUGUCUGAAAUGGACUCCAACAGCUACAAUGUGAGCACAAGAGAGGAUACUGCUGACUUGCACCCUGCGGGCAGUGAGAGCACUCAAUCUCUCGGAGGACUGAAAAGACACAGAGCGGAGUUGGAAGAUGCAGAUUCAGAGAGUUCAUCCUUAGAAAAGAAGUUAAAAACAUGA